GAGACUUAACAAGGGCUUAUGUAGGAUUGGGCCGUGUCCGGGAAUUACCUGUUAGGUACUAAGGCAUGUAAGAGAUGAUGCAAUCACAAAGCAAAGCCUUUAGAUGGUAUUCUAUCAACGAGGUAGUAAGGCAUCAACAUCAUUGCCUCACAAAUUACAUGUAAUCCAUAGCUCUAAGCCUCUCUCAUCCUUCAACUUUCCAUCAUCUUCAAUCCCUUUAUCCACACUGGAGCCCACAAGCCUUGCCAAUUCCAACUAAACCCUCAUCCCCCGCUUCCAAACUACCGGCGACUUUAUAACCAACAAAUCUUCACCAUGAGUGCCUCACAGCAGCACGACGAGGACUCCAAAACCCUCUCCUCAAUCGUCCCAGCUUUCACCCCGUCCGAAUCUUCCGAAUCCGCUGCCGUCAAGUCAAUCAUCAGCUCCCUCUCUCUCAUCGAGCACGUCGAAGGAGGCUAUUUCGCAGUCACAGACGUCAGCAACACCAAGAUCCCUUCCCCAUACCCGGCCACGCCCCUCUCACAGCGCACCAUCGACCUCGUCAAUGGCCUCCCCGAGGAUUUCGACUACGCGCUCCGCCGCCUUUCGACGACAAUCUUUUACUAUCUGACGCCUAACCGGCCCCAAGGCUCAUUCCACCGGAACCGAAGCCGCAUCAUUCAUAGUCUCCACCGAGGCCGUGGCCGCUACGUUCUUAUCCAUCCAGAUGGCCGUAUUGAAUCCUUCGUUGUUGGCCCCAACAUUGAGCGCGGCGAGAAGCUCCAGUGGGUGGUGGAGGGUGGCGUGUUCAAAGCAAGUUUCCUCCUCCCUGACACUGAUGGUCAGUCUGGCAGUGAUGGCCUGCUCAUUUCGGAGACUGUUGUGCCUGGUUUCGAGUACGCUGAUCAUGAGUUUCUGUCUCACGAACGGUUGGUCGAAGUUCUUCCAGAAGCCAAGGCCAAGGCGCUGGAGUGGCUUGUCAAGCACUGAUACCAUCUUUGACAAUGUGGGAAAUUCUGGUCUUGUGUCUAGGUUACAUGUAGAAUCAAUUGACUUUCCAAUUUUUGAUAUCAUGAAAAUUUCAAGACUUCAAACCACUCACGCCUUGCUCUAACGAGGUUGCUUUUCCAUCCAGCAUAAAUUCAGUUUCAACAUAAUUUUCCCUCGUGACACAGCUGGCGUACGAUUAUCGGUAACAGAGGCAAAUCUUGAAGCAUAUAUCCCUGCCAAAC